CCCUUUUUUUUAUUGGCCUUUCUUGUGUUCAUCAUGUUGUCAUCCGCUCUAGCCAGCUAUUCACAGCGUUGCGAUGAUCCCUGUUUACCACCUGGAAGAUCUGUUAACAAGCUCAGCACAGAACCACUGAGAAUCAUUCAUGAGACACUAGAAGAAUCCACUGACUGGCUUUAUGGCUUUAUUUCUUUACUGUCUGACAUCAUAUGGAGUGACGAUGAUGACAAUGAUGAAGGUGAAGUGGAAUCUUCUGUGAUAAAAGGUUGGUCAGAUGCUUCCCUAUAGAUGGCAAUUUUUUGCAACGUAUAUUCGGAGUAAACUAGUAUGUCUGU